AUGUCGAACAUCAUCCACAAGGUCAAGGACGUGGUCACCGGUCACCACCACGAGAACAAGACCGAGAACACUUCCUCCGACAACCACGGUCCUCACAGCUCCAAGAUGGCCAACAAGUUGGACCCUCGCGUCGACAGUGAUGCUGACAACCGUGCUCGCCACGAGGCCAUGGGCGGUGCCCAGGGCCCUCACGAGUCCAACAUGGCCAACAAGGCUGACCCUCGCGUCGACUCUGACCGUGACCACCGCGCUCACCCCACUUCCACUACCACCGGAGCCGGCUACGGUGGCAGCACCACUGCUGGUGGCUACAGCGGCAGCACCAACGCUGGUCCUCACAGCUCCAACAUGGCUAACAAGGCCGACCCCCGUGUUGACUCUGACCGCGACAACCGUGCUCGCCACGAAGCCCUCGGCGGAGCUCAGGGCCCUCACUCGUCCAGCAUGGCCAACAAGAUGGACCCUCGCGUCGACUCGGACCGUGACAACCGUGCUGCUCACCACCACUCCACCACCUCGACCGGCGCUGCCUACGGCGGAGCCCCCACCGGUCCCGGCGCCUACGGGUCUUCCACCGGUGCCGCAGGCUACGGUGCCGGCCCGACCACCACCACCACCACCACCGGCUUCGGCGGCGGCAGCACCAACGCCGGCCCUCACAGCUCCAACAUAAUGAACAAGGCCGACCCUCGCAUCGACUCCGACCUCGACAACCGCGCCCGUCACCAGGGUAUGGCCAGCAGCAGCUACAACACUGGAGCCACCGCCGGCCCCCACCGCUCUGACAUGGCCAACAAGAUGGAUCCCCGCGUGGACUCCGACUUGGACAACCGUGGCACCCUUGGUACCCAGCGUGGGUUCUAA